GGUGUGAAGACAACCUUGGCGGGGCGGAAGGGGCAGGUGAGAACACACACAGGGGAGACGGGGAAGAACGAAAGCAGCCACCUUUUGGUUCUCCUAUCCUCGUCGCUUUUGCAGCGCCAGAAUAUGUGCCACGUUGUGGAACCUGAGCUUCCAUUCUGGAGUUCGGCAGCUGGGAAACGCUUUUGGCUAGCUGGAACCGCCGUGGUGGUCGGUGUUCGCUUUUGAGGUCGCAGGAGCACUCGAUUCGACCGGCUUUUUAUAGGAAAGAUUGCUUCUUGGACGGAUCUGGUGCCGCCGUCCCGAGCCAUAGUUCGUGAGGUAAUUGCUGGGGGAUCGUCAUGGGGAAUUGCUGGGGUGCUCAGGUGAAGGCGGAGAGUCCCUCCCACGGCUUCUUUGCCUCAGGAGACGUAUUUUCGUGCCUGGGACUUCACUCUAAAAGCAGUAGCAGGGAUGGAAAGAAAUUAAGUGGUUCUAGUAGCAAGGUGUCUGCAGCAUCUGUGCCUCCAACCCCGCGCAGCGAGGGUGAGAUCUUGCAGUCAGUGAAUGUGAAGAGCUUUACCUUCACUGAACUGAGAAUAGCCACCAGAAACUUUCGACCGGACAGUGUGGUGGGGGAGGGAGGCUUUGGUUCGGUAUUCAAGGGAUGGAUCGAUGAGCACACACUUGCAGCUGCCAAACCUGGCACUGGAGUGGUUAUUGCUGUGAAGAAGCUGAACCAGGAAGGUCAUCAAGGUCACAGGGAAUGGUUGGCAGAGGUAAAUUAUCUUGGUCAAUUGUCUCAUCCGCACCUUGUAAAGCUUAUUGGAUACUGCCUGGAGGACGAGCAACGGCUUCUUGUCUAUGAAUUCAUGCCUCGAGGGAGCUUGGAAAACCACCUCUUCAGGAGGGGUUCAUAUUUUCAACCACUAUCUUGGAAACUUCGUAUGAAGAUCGCACUUGGAGCUGCAAAAGGGCUUGCCUUUUUGCAUAGCGAUGUGGCAAAAGUGAUAUAUCGUGAUUUUAAAGCCUCUAAUGUGCUUCUAGAUUCAAAUCAUGAAGCAAAGCUGUCUGAUUUUGGAUUGGCAAAGGAUGGUCCAACAGGUGACAAAAGUCAUGUAUCUACAAGGGUCAUGGGAACGUAUGGAUAUGCAGCUCCCGAGUACCUUGCAACAGGCCAUUUGACUGCCAAAAGCGACGUGUAUAGCUUUGGAGUUGUUCUUCUAGAGUUGUUGUCUGGCCGACGUGCUGUGGACAAGAACCGGCCGACAGGAGAGCAUAAUCUGGUGGAAUGGGCAAGGCCUUAUCUCACGAGCAAGCGAAAGAUCUUCCGCGUCUUGGAUCCAAGAUUGGGAGGGCAGUAUUCACUCGUAGGAGCCCAAAAGGCUGCUGUCCUCGCGCUCCAGUGCUUAUCCUCGGAAGCAAGGUACAGACCAACCAUGGAUCAAGUGGUGGCUGCACUAGAACAGCUUCAGGAUGCUAAAGACACAGAGAGAAGCCCUCAGAGUGAACAGAAGUCGAGCAGCCAAAGCAUCAGUAGCAACUCACACAGGUCGCUUCGGAGAAGAUCGGACGAAUGUGCCAAGGGGAAGGUUGCUCAUCAUAGGCCUCCGGCAUCUCCUCUUUGUACCAAUUGAAGAAAAUCUCAGAAGCUGAAGGUGCCAUCGAUAACAAAAGGCCGAGUCUUGUUUUAACAAUCAGAUCUCUGUCACCUGUUGUUGUACAUCUUUCCUAUCAUUGUGCUCGGAACCUGUCUAUAUCGCACUUUUCGGUUUCCUGGGUUGGAAAUAUAGAGUUGCUACUACUCUCCCAUUUGAUUUUGAGAGUGUGGAGGACUCUUUGAUGUACUGUUUGUCUUGAAUAGUUGGAGGACUCUGCCAUAGCUGGAGUAGUACUAAUUUUUGGUUCAACCAUCAAGAGUGCUUCCCUUGCUGUUCUUUA